AUGAGCCGGAGCGGUGGAGCCGGGCUGCCCCCGGCCGCGCUCACCGGCCCGGGACGCUUCCGCAUGGCCCGCGAGGAGCCGGCGCCGGCGGCGGUGGCGGCGGCCGGGCAGCCCGGGAGCGGCAGGGGCGGCGCGCGCGAGCGGGCGCUGCAGGGCCCAGGGGUCGCCCGCAGGGGGCGGCCGUCGCUGAGCCGCACUAAACUGCACGGGCUGCGGCACAUGUGCGCCGGGCGCGCGGCGGCGGGGGGCUCCUUCCAGCGGCGGGCGCUGUGGGUGCUGGCCUUCUGCACGUCCCUCGGCUUGCUGCUGUCCUGGUCCUCGAACCGCCUUCUCUACUGGCUCAGCUUCCCGUCGCACACGCGGGUGCACCGCGAGUGGAGCCGCCAGCUGCCCUUCCCCGCCGUCACCGUGUGCAACAACAACCCGCUGCGCUUCCCGCGCCUCUCCAAGGGGGACCUCUACUACGCCGGCCACUGGCUGGGGCUGCUGCUGCCCAACCGCACGGCGCGCCCGCUGGUGAGCGAGCUGCUGCGGGGCGACGAGCCGCGCCGCCAGUGGUUCCGCAAGCUGGCCGACUUCCGCCUCUUCCUGCCGCCGCGCCACUUCGAGGGCAUCAGCGCCGCCUUCAUGGACCGCCUUGGCCACCAGCUGGAGGACAUGCUGCUCUCCUGCAAGUACCGGGGCGAGCUCUGCGGCCCGCACAACUUCUCCUCCGUGUUUACAAAAUAUGGGAAGUGUUACAUGUUUAACUCAGGCGAGGAUGGCAAACCUCUGCUCACCACGGUCAAGGGGGGGACAGGCAACGGGCUGGAGAUCAUGCUGGACAUUCAGCAAGAUGAGUACCUGCCCAUCUGGGGAGAGACAGAGGAAACGACGUUUGAAGCAGGAGUGAAAGUUCAGAUCCACAGUCAGUCUGAGCCGCCUUUCAUCCAAGAGCUGGGCUUUGGGGUGGCACCAGGGUUCCAGACUUUCGUGGCCACGCAGGAGCAGAGGCUCACAUACCUGCCGCCUCCGUGGGGCGAGUGCCGAUCCUCAGAGAUGGGACUCGACUUCUUUCCUGUUUACAGCAUCACCGCCUGUAGGAUCGACUGUGAGACCCGCUACAUCGUGGAGAAUUGCAACUGCCGCAUGGUCCACAUGCCAGGGGACGCCCCUUUCUGUACCCCCGAGCAGCACAAAGAGUGUGCAGAGCCUGCGCUCGGUCUGCUGGCGGAAAAGGACAGCAAUUACUGUCUCUGCAGGACACCCUGCAACCUGACCCGCUACAACAAAGAGCUCUCCAUGGUGAAGAUCCCCAGCAAGACCUCAGCCAAGUACCUCGAGAAGAAGUUUAACAAAUCAGAAAAAUAUAUCUCCGAGAACAUCCUUGUUCUGGAUAUAUUUUUUGAAGCUCUCAAUUACGAGACAAUUGAACAAAAGAAGGCGUAUGAAGUUGCUGCCUUACUUGGUAACUGUGGAGGGGAGGCCUCUGCCUUUGCCCCUUCCCCCAGCCUGACCACUCCCUUCCGGCCUCUCUUGCAGCUGAUCAAAGAGAAACUAUUAGACCUGCUGGGCAAAGAAGAGGAUGAAGGGAGCCCCGAAGAGAACGUGAGCACCUGUGAGACGAUGCCAAACCACUCUGAAACCAUCAGCCACACUGUGACUGUGCCCCUGCAGACGGCCCUGGGGACCUUGGAGGAGAUCGCCUGCUGACAGCCCUCGGAGCGCCCGGCACCCCCAAGCAGACCCUGAGGCCCAAGACCCGGGACAGGGGACAGCAGGCUCAGGCGGGAUGGCCCCCGAUGACGGAAAGCAGCAAGAGCCCCCUAUGCACACAUAGCAAACUCUCUGCCAAAACCUCGCUGCGGCCACGUGGACGCGGCCCGUCCUCGGUCCCCGCCGUGCGUCCCUCUUAGGAGACAUGAGACACAUUCUGGAACAGUCCAAGGACCAACCUGCCAUCACAUCUCACUGCCAGAUGUAGAAAGCACCUGCAUGCUCAGACUUCUCACGGCGCCACCUCCACGUCUGUCUGUGUACGAGACGCUCCGCUGCACGGUUCCGCCGCGGUGGGACCGGGUUCCGGCCCCCAGUCACCGCGAGGCCACAGCUGGAAUCGCAGCUGCACAAUCGAGGGAAACCGCAGAACUGUCGGCUACGUCCGGUCCUUGUGUGGUUCGUGAAGGUCCUUAACCUGCCCACAGUCCCCUUCCCGCCCCAGCCAACCCACCCCCACCCCCCGCCGGGGGACCGGCCGAGCCCCUCCAACCCCAGCGCCUGUGACGGAGGCCUGUGGCCUGGUGACUCCGGCCCGUGUCCGUGGCUCCCACG